AUGCCUCCACCAUGUGUCAUCGAAACAUGCAAACGUAAAUCACGAGCAUUAUGUCAUUGUUGCAGCAAGAAUCUUUGUCUUGAUCAUUUGAAAGAACAUGAUGAUUUAAUCAAUUCUCAAAUAAAUACUCUUGUUGACGAAAUUAAUACUCUUGAUAAUCAAUUGUCAACAUUAAAUGUUGAUGAAGUUAUUGACAAAUGUCGUCAAAAAUUGGAUAAAUGGCGUCAUGAUUGUCAUAUUAUAAUCAAUCGUUUUUAUGAAGAAAAAUGUCAAGAACUUCAACAACGUUGUGUUCAACAAGCAGAUCAAAAACGAAAAAAAAUCCAUCAAUUGAAAUUAAAAACGAACGAACUUAUUCGAGAACAAGAAGCUACACAUGAGGAUAUUUCUUUAUUGAAAGCAACUAUUGAUGAUAUCAAACGUGACGUUAACCAAUAUGAAGAAAAUGGCAUUUUAGUUGAUGUUCAUCCUUUAAUUAUUAACCAAAAUUUAGUCUAUAUUGAAGAAUUGACAUCACAUGAACUUGAUAUAUCAACUCUUUCGUCUUCUUAUCGAACAAUCGAUUGUUCCAACACUGAUUGGCCUGUCCUGGCUAGCAACAAUCAGGUUUUAUUAUUAGAUCAAUAUCCAAAUUUAUGUUUAUUUAAUAAAGAAUUGACACUUUUAAAACAAUCUCCAUGGAAAUAUGAUCGCAUUCCUGAUAUGUGUUGGUCAUCGACAUUAAAUAGUUUUAUUAUCAUAACAGACAAAAAUGGAGUUUUUCUGAUUAACGAAAAUCUAACAUCAAUUGAAUGCAUUCAAACGAUCGAGAAGAAAAAGUGGUUGUCUUGUACAUGCUCGGAUGCAUCUCUAUUUCUAACCACCAAUGAAUCAGGUUCUGCUAUUUUUCAAUUCAAUCUUUUAUCGUCAUUUCAUUUCAUCAAACAAUGGAAAUCUCCUCAAACUUGUAAGAACGACGAACAUAUCCACAAUAUUGCUUAUAACAAUGAAACACUUGCUUUAAUAAUAAGACACAAAUACAAUGAACCAAUACGUAUAGAACUUCGAUCUUCAUCAACACUCGAUCAACUCUGGUCACUCCUAUUGGAUACAACACGUAAAAUUGGACAACGGGUAUAUCGUGUUUGUUUACUCAAAUAUGACGAAUGGCUUGUAAUCGAUUAUACUACUUCAUAUCUUUUACAUAUUAGUAAAGAUGGAAAAGUAAAGGCAAGGCGUUCAUACAAACCAACAGUUCAUAAUGCUGUUUUAUUUGGUUCAAACAUCUUGGCUACUAGAACUACAAAUUGUCUCAGUUUGUAUAGAAUAUAA